GGGAAAAUCCCGGUGGCAGCAGUCACGUAGGGUUUCCACGAGUAGAGUAAACGUUUCGUAUAAAACUAUAAAAGCACCUCCGUUUCAUGUGUAUCUUCCUUUCACGAGCUCUCAAGCUCCAACAUCAGAAGCUUAAAACCCCGACAAGAACAAUAAGGUCUCAGACUCUCUGCCACUCACUCUUACAGUUUUUGUGUUCCUUCUCUGCUACAUAUAAGUAAGAACAGGUACAAGAAGUGGAGCAGAAGAAAAAAGAUAUGCAUGAAACUGGUGGAGGAGAAGGAACAAUGUCGGUGGAUCUCAAUGAUUACGCUAUUAUCAAGGAGGGAGAGGCUGAGAUUCUCAUGCGCAAGAAUGAAGUCUUUUACAAUCCGACCCAGGUUGACAACAGAGACAUGUCCAUUGCUGUCCUGAGGACAUUUAUAUCCAAACGUAAAAACGAGCAUGAAGCACUUUUGUUGAAAAGAACAAAAGCUGCACAAAAGGCUCCUGAGAAGGAUUCCUGUGAACCUGAUGGAGAAGCAGCUGAGGAAUCUGGCAUGAAUGUUGAAAAUACCAAUGGAGAAUGUGAAGUGCCUGAGGAGAUAUCUCAGGAUGAACCAUGUAGCAUUUCAAAAGAAUCAGUUAAGACCCCCGAGGGAAAAGGACGCGGGGAAAUGAGGCCACCAAGAGUUCUUGAGGCCUUGGCAGCUUCUGGUUUGAGAUCUCUUAGAUAUGCUCGUGAAGUAGAAGGAAUAGGUCAAGUUGUGGCACUAGAUAAUGAUAAAGUGUCUGUUGAAUCUUGCAAGAGAAAUAUUAAGUUCAAUGGUUCCGUAGCAUGUUCAAAGGUGGAAUCACAUCUCACUGAUGCUCGUGUAUAUAUGCUCACCCAUCCAAAAGAAUUUGAUGUGGUUGAUCUUGAUCCUUAUGGUGCACCUUCCGUGUUCUUGGACUCUGCAGUUCAAUCAGUUGCUGAUGGGGGCAUGCUGAUGUGUACAGCAACUGAUAUGGCAGUACUGUGUGGGAGUAGCGGGGAGGUUUGCUAUUCCAAAUAUGGUUCCUAUCCAUUGAGAGGGAAAUAUUGCCAUGAAAUGGCUUUGAGGAUCCUCCUUGCCUGUAUCGAGAGCCAUGCAAAUCGGUACAAGCGGUACAUUGUUCCUGUUCUAUCUGUUAAGAUGAACUUUUAUGUCCGGGUUUUUGUUCGCAUAUACACUUCUGCAAGUGCAAUGAAAAACACUCCCAUUAAGCUAUCUUAUGUUUAUCAGUGCACUGGUUGUGAUUCUUUCCAUCUCCAGCCGAUUGGGAGGACAGUCUCCAAGAACAACAGUGUAAGAUAUCUGCCUGGGUUUGGCCCUGCUGUUCGUCAAGAUUGCAGUGACUGUGGGAAGAAGUUUAACAUGGGUGGGCCUAUAUGGUCUGCUCCUAUCCAUGAUCAAGAAUGGGUAACUUCCAUACUUGCAGAUGUGAAAUCUAUGAAGGACAAGUAUCCUGCUUAUGAUCGUAUCUCUGCCGUAUUGACAACAAUAUCGGAGGAACUGCCUGAUGUUCCUCUAUUUUUGAGCCUGCACAACCUCUGUGCCACUCUUAAAUGCACCUCCCCGUCAGCAGUAAUAUUCCGUUCAGCUGUGAUCAAUGCUGGAUUCCGUAUAUCCGGUACCCAUGUAAAUCCACUGGGGCUGAAAUCAGAUGCUCCGAUGGAUGUCAUAUGGGAUAUAAUGCGCUGCUGGGUCAAAAGUCAUCCGGUGAAAACUCAACCACCAGAUCAACCAGGAAGUGUGAUACUUGCCAAGGAACCAGUUCUUCAAGCUAAUUUUGCUCGAGCUGUUGCAUCUCUCAGUAAAGCACAAGCCAAGAAGGUGACACGCUUCCUUCCAAAUCCUGAAAGUCAUUGGGGCCCGAAGCUGAGGGCAGGUCGUCAAAUCACCAGCAAGCACAUCUCUCUUUUGGGUCCACAGGCAUUAAAUGGAACUGUUAACCAUGAAAAUGGCGAAGAGCCUACUGCCAAGCGUCAAAAGAUAGAGGAGCCCACCCCAAAUUCAUGAAUUUGAUUUCAUUUUUGGGAGUAUGUCUAUGAACAAGCCUGCCUAGUUCUCUGCCAGCUCUCCCAUUUCUUUUUUAUCUUUUUUUUCUUCAAAAUAUUGUUUGCUUUCUCUGUUUCCCCUUUCCUUUCUCCUUUUAAAAUGUGCUCGCGCACGCCUGCCUGUGUUUGGGGGAUCGGAAAGGGUCAAAGAGAGCGAGCGGGAGAGAGAGAUCAGGUUCUAUCCCAAGAAAUGGUGGACGGUUAAAUAUGAUUAAGAAAAUGGGAAUUGAGAAACUCUGGUGAUAUUAGAAGUGAAUUUGUUGAAAUUUUUGAGUAUUUUUGAAAUGCAUAAAUAAUGUAAAACGUUAUUAUUUAUUUGAAGUUAGAGGAGUUGUUCACUUGCU